CGUUACAAAUGCACCCUGUACCAUUGACCGCAGUAAACACAGUAAUGUGGUGCGUGUCCCUCCAGAGGAGAUCCCUCCACUCCUCGUGGAGUUUAAUGAAGAAGUUAACGGGGAAAAGUCCCGCCGAGCAGCGGUGGCUGCAGCGGCAGCUCAAAGACCCGUAUGUCAAAGCUUCUCACGCACAACACUUCCGGUGCAGAAGCGCCUUCAAGCUGCUGGAGAUAGAUGACAAGUUCAGGCUCCUGCAGCCGGGAUGCAGUGUGGUGGACUGCGGAGCUGCACCCGGAGCCUGGAGCCAGGUGGCCGUCCGGAGGGUCAACUCAGCCGGGACAGAUCCGGCGCUACCACAUGGUACGGUGGUCGGCAUUGACCUGCUGAACAUACCACUGCUAGACGGUGCCCACUUCCUGUCCAGCCACGAUGUCACUGACCCCGUCACGCACACCAAGCUGCUGGAGCUGCUCCCCGGCGGCCGGGCCCACGUCAUCCUGAGCGACAUGGCGCCCAACGCCAGCGGUUUCCGGGAGAUGGACCACGAGAAACUCGUCACAAUGUGUUUGUCUUUGAUAGACAUGGCUGAGAGGGUUUUACAGCCGGGGGGCUCCCUGGUUUGUAAAUACUGGGACGGGAUCCUCGCUCACAAACUCCAGGAGAAGCUCUCGAGUGUGUUCGGAAAGGUUCAGACUUUAAAGCCCAACGCCAGCAGGAAGGAGUCAGCUGAGAGGUAUUUCCUCGCUCGAAUGUACAGAAAGGCAGCAAAAUGAUCACCAGGAACAUGAAGAAGAGGCUUACUUAAUAUCUUUGAUCAAAAGGUGGCACUGUUGAGGCACCGGUGAGGCUCACAGCUGCAGGCGCAGUCUCAUCACACGCUGCUGGAUGCUGAUUUCUAUCCCUGCAAACGCAACACAGCGGCAGCAGUGAAUCAGUAACAUGCAAACUUAUGCGAGAAUCAUCAGUGUGGUAUUCCUCAAAAGCCCCGUUUUCUCUGAAGUUAUUGUUUGCCCCACAGUGUUUGUUCUACACAGUCACUCCGGUAUUUGCUUUGUUACAGAAAGUCAUUUACCAGUUCUGCUUAUGCUAAUAAUUUGCACUGCCAGCCAUGUAGAAAUAUGUAAUCAUUCUCUCAUUGAGAGCUUAUGAAGGGACGAGCCAAUACAGAGUCACAUACAGCAUGACUAAUGGGAAGUGGGAUGAUACGGAAUCUUGGCACACCGCAAGUGUUGUCAGGCUCUGCUCUCUGACAGUGCAGAGAUGUCCAUUUCCUGUGCGGAAUAUUUUCAGUCCAGUAGACAGAUUUCCUCUCGAGAGUCUUCUUUAAAUCACGGUGUUGGACACUUUGGGAAAGUCCUAUUUAUUGUCUUUGUUUCAUUGCUUUCUCACACUGAUAUGAUUCUGGUGAAGCCAGAGUUCAGAACCACUGGUGAUGGAAUAAAAGGAUGCUUUCUGUCAAAGCUGCAUUAUAGAAGACACAACUCAUAUAUUUGAUGUCACAGAGAUCUAUGGAGGGAUUGACAGAAUGGCUUUUCUAAUAUAACAUUGUCUACAGUGACAUGUGUACAAUUGUUCUUCUUUGACUUGCAGUCCAGUGUCUCUGUUUAUCAGGGACGUAGCACCAGUAUUUGGGCCCGGUGCCGAGGUCUCAGUGGGCCCCCUUCCCUUCUUCAUACGUCCUUUCUCAUGCAUGCACAAAUCAUUUUUUGGGGCAGUUUAUGCCUCAAUUAUAGCCAGAGAGAGAAAUGGACAGAGAGAAAUGGCAACAUUGUUUUAGAUACAAAGAAUAAUCCGUCAAACUAGUUUAUUUAUCCACCGAUAAUUCACCAAUGUGGCUGACAAUGUGAAAUUUAAAAUUACAGAUGGAAAGAAACUUUGACUCACAGGCUUUGUGAGUGGUUGGUUCCGCCUUUGCCCUCACCGUGAGGCUCCUGCUCAUUCACAGAUUAAUAACAGGCCCGAUAAGCAACAAUUAGAGGAUGUUAUGAGUUAUGGAUGCUGCAUAAUGUGUGGAGAUAACCUUUUGAGAAGAGGUGAUUGUACAUAUGUAUUGUUCUUGAGUUUAAGAUUAAGUACAUUUAGAUAAACAACAUAUUUUCUGGAAGUCAAGUCGUUUUUAUUAAAUUGACUUUUCCAUCUGAAUUCACGUUUCUAAUAAUGUAACUGUAUAAUCAUAUUACUUAUUAAAACAAACAUUCUUCAAAUGACCGAUGGCUUAUCAUUGCCAUUGAAAUCAUAUUACUCAUAACUAUCUUAAAAGUCUGAUUGUUCCACAAAAUAUAAAUUAGAAGCUUAAUUAAGACUGAAUUAGCAUCUAUGGCAGCAAAAGGAAGAGCUGGCUCACAUGAAUACAUUAAUAAGGCUGCUAUUUAGCCUUUCUGUCUCAGGAGUGAUGAGUAAUACAGUGAAACAUUCAUGCCUCUUGGUUAAAUAAACUGCAGAGACUGACCUCUAAAUAUGAUUGUUUGGAAUGAAUGGGGAGCAGCCGAGGCCGUUGAUGAAGCCGAUGGUGAAAGAUGUGAACAGAUGACCAAUUCUACUUCUCAUUACUUGUUGAUUAUUGAGCCGUUUGCUAUUUAGAUUCAAAUUAUUCUCAAAUUACUGUGGGAUUUAUGUUAAUUCCACCGAGCCGAGCAGCCCGGCUCAGGAUGAAUGAUGAUUCAUUCGCAGGUUAAUUGAUUCUUCUCCGGCCAGCUGCAGGUUCGGAUGUAAAUAUUAGUAAAUUAAGAGGAAAAACAGUCGCAAAUUUCCAAUUCAGAGCGAACGCUGAGAUGCAGCAAUCAACUCAAUGAUUGCUUGAAUUUUGCAAACAAAUCUGCCGCACAAAAAACCUCUUUGAACUGCUGUGAUUGUUUUCUUAUUGAAUUUGUUUGCGUGCAGUUGAUAUUCAUGAUAUCAAAGGUGACGUAAUAUACAACAGCUUAAAUACUAUUAAUAUAGUUAAUAUGUAUUGAACACAUAGCUGCUGAAUAUCUCUAAGUUCCUCCUUCAGUUUAUACGUAAGAGGGGAUUUAUGAUCACGUUAUGAGGAUGAAGAUGAGUAUAAUCAGCUGCCACUUAGUGUCACCUUAAUCAAGUAUAAGCUGGAGAUGUCUGUGCAUGAGGAAGGUGUUUCUUUUUACAGGUUUUUAUGAAUAUAAUUGCGUUCAUUAGUGAGCUCUUAAUAGAUGCAUCUGCCUCCUGUGUGCUCUGCCGUUAUGUGCUGUGGUGUCAGAGGCCUAAAGGAGACACAAAGUUAGAAAAAGCUCCGAAUCGAUCUGUUCCCCCGCAUGCAUGCUUUCAUAAACACUGCACGGCGUUUUCAGACGAGCAAAUGAUGAUCAUGAGAUGCAACGAAACUCCUUUUCAAAUGUUGCUCCGUCUCUCCAAUGAAAACAAACAGUCUCUCGAAUAUGAACACGGUGGGAGUCUGAAAUUGACAGGAAAUUAAAGAAACGGUAAUAUCAUUUCGAACCAUCGUGGCAUUCAUUCCCUCGGCUGACCCGAGCUCCCAAAAUGAAUUGCGCGUCUGACAACAUUCAUCACUCCCUGAGCCAAGCAGGCCUUCACUGACACAACGUAAUGACUGCUAUUAUGAUGAUCAUCUCAUACCAUCUUCACGGCUAAAUGAAUCUGAAAUCUCAGGACGGUAUGACGAGUGAAACUCUUUUUUUUUUCUUUCCGCUCUGUUUAUGAUGUCGAUGUUUUUGCAAGCUGUUUGACAAAAUGACACAGAAGUUUCCCCGUAAGCAACGGAGAGGCUCAGAACACGUGGGAGUUUUCAAAAUGAAGCAUGCCAUUUUGAAUAUUCAUGUCCGUUCUAACGUGACGAUGGAGCCGCAGCGCUGCAGUGCCUCUCUCACCACGACGUGUUCAAGUUUGCCAAACACUUCCAGGUAUUUUGUAUCACACAAAAGGGACCCACGUGAAUAAUCAAGCAAUCUCCUCUUGAUCUUUGCCUUUUUUUUCUUCUUCUUUUUCUCGCUGUGCACUUUUGUUGCGUCAGUCCUGCGGAAAAAUGUCAGGAACAUUAUUGCAAACAGGGUGAAGGAUUGUUGUGGGAGGAGGGUUAAAGGGACACGGGCGACAACCUAACACAGGCUAUACGGAGAACAAACAAAGCACAGGUUGCACUCAGUGGCACCAUUUGCAUCCUCGUAUCAGCCAGGCCUGACAUUUACCAGCGAGUAUGGAAAGUGACUGCGGAGCGAAAGUGAAAGCUAAUGACCUUAUGUUAACAUUCUCACUGCCAAUCUGCAUUUCCUUCAGGUAAUGUAUCAGAGGAACGUCUGUCAAGCAAAGGAAGAGGAGGAAGGGGAUCAUAUAGAGUUGGUCUUUUCUUUUCUUCAUUGAUGUCCACUGUGUUCUUUGCAUUUGCACUCAAACACUGGUUUCUUUUCUUUUCUUCCAUUGAGGAACUAGUCAUAAUUAGUACUUAAUUGGUUCUACGCAGAUUAAACAUUAUGGCUUAAAGUGGCAGCUUAAAGAGGAGUACAGCUUUAAACCCUCUAGAGCUCAUGAAUACUAGUGCUUCAUAUCAUCAUCAGCUGUCCUUUGAAGAGCACAAAGAAAAGAUCAGUUAUCAACAUUGUAAACACCUCAAGCGUCUGUAAUGGUUAGAUCGUGUUAAUACGUUUCCCAUGAAUCGGCUAAUGAGUCGGAAUCAGAUGUUUCCCCUCGUUUCUUGUGCAGACGUUGUCCGUUUCUGCAGUAAUGUGUGCGUAAAGCCAGGCGACUUGUUUUCGUCAAGAUACUGAUCGGUUUACAUCAUUUUCAACCUUUUGCAGUCUGUGAAUGGAGAAGACCGAGGAGGUUCCAGCUGGCGUCAACUCCAAAAUACAAAAAAACAAACUAUAAAAGCUCACCGAGUGAAAGGCUCUGCCCUGUUAUUGGCAUCAAACUGUGAAGCACAGAUGUUAUUUGAUUAUGCAUCUAUAUUCUGCUAUAAAAGUCUAACCCUUUUACAAAAGAUUGCUCAUUGGCUCAUGGGUAAUGUCCGUGCAUCUGAACCUGCACGUCGCUCAGCAAUGAGUUAUGUCUGUAUGAAAUAAGAUGCAGUUGUUGCAGCAAGUUUAAAGAGCAGUUUUGACUUCUCUAAUGGAGUCCAGCAUGCGGAUGUGUUUGGGUGCAGCACAGGAGACGCCCUGGCACCCGUUGUGCUGAGGUUGAUGGCUGCUGGUGCCAGUAGAAAUACUGCAUUAAAGCUGCUGUUGUGAACUUUGAGAGAGCACCCCCGCCCCCUACUGCACUUCAGUCUGUAAAUGUUUUGACCCAAAUCAACCUCUCUAUUAUAUUCUUCUCAAAAAGGAGACAGAGAAGACGUUCAGAUCUGCACACUGAUGCAAAGAAAACAAGUGGUGUUUGCAGAAUAGUAUAGUGUCUGAUUUAGAUUUAUCAUUUCAGGAAUUCAUCAAAAUGAAAUAAAUACGAAAGAUCCGGAACCAAAAACAAAGAUGGUAUCUAUUCAUAUCUUGUCAACUGAUCAUUUUCUUAAAUGAUCUUGUCUUUAUGGAUUAAUUAUUCAAUGGUAAAAUUGAAACACCAUUUAAAAUCCUCAACAACAUGAAUGACGUAUCAGAUGUUAGUUUACGUAGACGUUGAGGAGUCUUUCCUUCUUUUCCUUCUUCAGCUUGGGUAAAAAAAACACAAAAUAUGAGACUUAAUUUUGAUAGUAGAGAGGUGACGGAGAGAAGGAAUGUCAUGCAUCAAAGAUCCCCGGGCAGGUUUGGAGAUGGGGAAGUUGCGAUUACAUGAUCGGUGUCGUAAAGCCCCCAAAGCCAUCGUGACGCCCGCAUGAUGUUGGUCCGUUGAGACACUUGUUUGUGAUUUUGGGCGAUACAAAUAAACUUGACUUGAGUUGACGUGGCUGCAACGUUCGCAAUUUCAUCUUUAUUUUACAUCUCUGCGGCUCCACUGUGUUUAAAGGUUGUGGGGCAUGUUUCUUACCUCACCUAUAAGAAUCAUUGUUUCUUCUUAGUGAACAAAGCAAGAAAAAGCCUCAUCAUCACUGAAUGAAUCAUCGCUUCGUCAGAAGAGGCAACAGCUGAGCUGCAUGCAAUAUUUCUCAGUUUAAGUGCUCUGUGCAAAGAGCAGAAACAUGGAGGUUUUAAUGAGGUUUUUGUUUUCUUUUCCAUUUAAUUAACUUGUCAUGGGACGGUGGGGCAGUCUUCUGAGCAUCGUGGGGCCGAUCUGCUUGCUGGUGGGUUGAAAACAAGAGGAAAUACUACUGGGAAUGACGACUGGGCAGAAGACAGAUGGUGCAAAGGCUAAUUGUGACAUCUCACUUCAUGUAACUGUUCACAUGUUAUACAGAGGAGCUUACGGUGUCUGUACUCCCACUCAGGCAAAAGUUGCUGCUUUGCAAAAAAAUCAAAACGCACAAUGGU